CCUAACAUGUCCAUAAAUAUAGGUUUUUCCCCACGUGUUCAUGCACAAAACAGAAAAUCUACGUGAUUUCAAUUAUGUAUCAAAAUUAGCGAUUUAUUUAUGCAAAAUGUAAAAUAAUCAGUAUAAAACGGCGUACGCCAUAAACAAAUUAGCCAUUUACAAGUAUUUUCAAUCGAUUUAAGUGUACAUAAAAUAAUUUUAAGUGUUUUAAAAAUAAUAAAAGAAAUAAUUCGUUUAAGAAGGGGGAGAGCCUCUUUUCAAUUUUAAAUCGCGCUCUUUCACUUCCAUUGUUAUAUUUGUUUAUAACUUUCACGUCGAGAACACGCUAACACUAUUCCUUUAUCAUUAGUUUUCAUUCGAGCAAGAAAUUUGAAACUUAAUCGACUCAUUUUAUGUUUAUACCCGCAAAAUACUUUGAAAAGAAUAAAAUUUAUUUAAAUAGAAAUGGAAUCAAAAUCGGAAAUUCAAAAUUUUUAUUCCGGCGCUAACGUUUUUAUAACGGGGGCUACGGGUUUUUUGGGGCGAGUUCUCGUCGAAAAACUGUUGAGAUCAUGCCCGGAUGUUGGGAAUAUUUAUUUGUUGGUGAGGACGAAAAAAGGAAAGAAUCUGCACGAACGCGUCGAGAAUCUGUUGGAAGAUGUGAUUUUUGAUGGGUUAAAAGAGAACGAUCCUAAAUUUAGGCAUAAAAUAACCCCGAUUGAGGGUGAUGUUGCGCUAAACGAUUUAGGGAUUAAUGAGCAAGAUAGAAAACUUUUAACUACUGAGGUUUCGAUUGUUUUUCAUGCAGCAGCCACCGUAAAUUUCAACGAAAAAUUAAAAAUCGCCGUCCCCAUAAACGUUUGUGGCACCCGAGACGUCUUAAAAUUAUGCCAUGAAAUGUCGAAUUUAAAAGCAGUGAUUCACGUCUCAACAGCUUACAGCAAUUGCAACCAAAACGUUACGGAGGAAAAAUUUUAUCCAACUCCAAUCCCUCCAACUAAGCUAAUUGAGUUGGUUGAGGUGUUACCGGAUGAGUUGCAAGAAAAAAUUACUAAAGGUAUUUUACAAGAUUUUCCAAAUACUUAUGCCUACACCAAAGCAAUUGCUGAAAAUGUUGUUUUAGAAGAAAGUUGUGGGCUUCCAAUUGCGAUUUUUCGCCCAGCGAUUGUUACCUCGACGUAUAAAGAACCAAUAAAAGCGUGGAUAAAUAAUUUAUACGGCGCAACAGGGGUUAUUGCUGGAGCUUAUACUGGAGUUUUAAGGGUUUUGCAAUGCAAUGGAGAUAAUUUCGCAAAUAUAGUCCCAGCAGAUAUGACCGUAAACGCAAUGAUCUCAAUUGCUUGGGACAUUCAAAACGUAAAAAAUGACUCUAAUUCUAACAUUCCGAUUUAUAAUUUUGAUUUAACAUCUCAACAACCAUUAACUUGGAACCGAUUUAUGACCGACACAGAGAAAUAUGGGCUUAAUUACCCAACAAUUCACGCAAUGUGGUAUUAUUCCUUCUUUUUAACCACCAACAAAUUAAUUUAUUUGGUAUCAUUCUUCUUCUUGCAUUAUUUACCGGCAAUCUUUGGUGAUUUAUUUUUAAUGAUCACCAUGAAAAAACCCCGCCUUAUUAAAUUUUACAAAAAAGUCCAAACAUUUUCAAGCGUACUCAUUCAUUUUUGUAUCAUCCAUUUCCAAUUUAAAUCUUAUAAAGUACGAGAGAUGAUUGAGAGGAUGUCUGUUGAAGAUCGGACUCUGUUUUUUUGUGACUUAAAAAAAUUAGAUAUUGAGGAGUACCUAAAAAGUUUAAUCCCAGGGAUUCGAGUUUAUUUAUUAAAGGAUUCUUUGAACACUUUACCACAAGCCUUAAAAAAAUGGAAACGGUUGUAUUGGUGCCAUCAAUUCAUGAAAAUCGUAGCUUUAUUGAUUAUUGUAAGGAUAAUUUUUUGGUUUUAUUAAGUUAUUUUUGUAACCUAAAAAGUUUUUAAAUAAAUUUUGUUGUAUUUACCUGAAA